AAGUAGACACGUUUUGAGAAGAAAUUGUAGUCUGUAGUUGAAAUGAAUCUAACGAACAUGAAAUUCUUCAAGAUUUUAUUAAUAUUGAAUGGAUUUUUAUUAACUAAAGGGGAUAACACCACCAAUGUAGACGCUUGCACAUCAUCAUAUACCGUACUACCGAUAGUGGCUUUGCAUGCUGAUGGGUACCCGACAUGUACGAAACAGCCAUGCGAAGUGAUUCCAGGGACAAAUUUACACUUGGAUCUCAAUUUCACCUCACCUGGGUAUUUGGAACAUAUCAAACCGGUAAUAGAAGCUACAGUAUUCAAUCAGAAGGUACCUUAUGAUCUAACUCAAACUGACGCUUGCAGUGGUAUUUUAAAUACGAUGUGUCCCUUAGUUGCAGGAGAAUCAGUAUUCUACACAGUAUCUCUUCAGUUGUUGCCAUUUCUGCCUAAGGUAUCCGUUGGAUUGGAGUUUUCUAUUGUCAAUAAAGACACAGAUGAAGCAGUUGUCUGUUUCAAAAUGAAUUUGCUAGUCAAGUGAAAAAUGAGUUAUCCACAGUUUUCAAAUUGAUUGAUGAUUACAACUUUUAUGAAAUUUUUUUGUUUGAAUAUUUUCAUCAAUUACAUUUAUUUUUUCACAAAU